UUACAGUAUUGGCCGUUUUCUGCCUCUGAUCUUUAUAACUGGAAAAAUAAUAACCCCUCCUUUUCAGCAGAUCCUGUGAGACUGACUGAUUUAUUGGAGUCGGUACUUACUACCCACCAGCCCACCUGGGACGAUUGCCAACAGCUUUUACAGGUCCUCCUCACUUCGGAGGAAAAACAACGGGUCCUUCUUGAAGCCCGGAAGAAUGUUCCUGGGGCAAAUGGACAACCUACGCAGCUCCCAAAUGAAAUUGAUGCUGCUUUUCCCCUCGACCGCCCAGACUGGGACUUCACCACUGAGGCAGGUAGGACCCAUCUACGUCUUUAUCGCCAGUUGCUUGUAGCGGGUCUCCGAGGGGCAGGUAAACGUCCUACCAAUUUGGCCCAGGUAAGACAGAUUGUUCAGAAGGCAGAGGAAUCCCCAGCUGCAUUUUUAGAGAGGCUUAAGGAAGCUUACAGAAUGUAUACUCCAUAUGACCCUGAGGACCCCGGGCAAGCUACUAGCCUGACCAUGUCCUUCAUUUGGCAGUCGGCUGCUGACAUUAGAAACAAAUUGCAGCGGCUGGAGAAUUUACAGGGUUAUACACUACCAGAUGUAUUAAAGGAGGCGGAGCGCAUCUUUAACAAGAGAGAAACACGGGAGGAAAGGGAAGAGAGAUGGAGAAAGGAGGACCAAGAAAGGGACAGAGAGAGGGAUAAGAAGCGUAAUAGAGAAAUGACUAAACUGUUGGCCACAGUAGUAGCAGAGCAGAGACAGGACAGGCAGAGAGAGGGACAAAGAGGGCCUCGCCUAGAAAGAGACCGAUGUGCAUAUUGCAAGGAGAGAGGACACUGGGCUAGAGAAUGCCCCAAGAACAAGAAACAGAGAAGGGCAUUUCAAAGGCCCAAACCUUGUUCUCAGACCUCUGACCUCCUGAGUCUCGAAGAUUAGGGAGGUCAGGGCCAGGAGCCCCCCCCUGAGCCCCGGAUAACCAUACCAGUAGGGGGGCGCCCGGUCACCUUCCUGGUCGACACGGGGGCUCAACACUCUGUUCUAAAUCGGUCACCCGGCCCCCUGAGCCGCCGAACUGCCUGGGUACAAGGAGCCACUGGCGGGAAACAAUAUCGAUGGACCACGGACCGCCAGCUCCACCUAGCGACCGGUAAGGUGAUGCACUCCUUUUUACAUGUUCCUGACUGUCCAUACCCCCUCCUGGGUCGAGACCUCCUAACGAAGUUAAAGGCUCAAGUACAUUUCGAGAAAGCCAACAUAAGAGUCACGGGGCCAGAAGGGGCCCCACUCACGGUGCUGACCAUAGCCUUAGAAGAGGAAUAUAGAAUACAUGAGCCCAAGGAUGACUCUGUUAAGGUCGAGGACCGCUGGCUGACCGACUUUCCCCAGUCCUGGGCAGAGACCGGAGGCAUGGGACUAGCCCUCCAGCAGGCUCCCAUCAUAGUCCAUUUAAAGGCAUCUGCUCUCCCGGCCUCAAUUAAACAAUAUCCCAUGUCCCGGGAGGCCCGCGAUGGGAUCAAACCUCACAUUAGGAGGCUACUGGAGCAGGGCAUUCUAACCCGCCGGUCCCCCUGGAACACUCCCCUGUUGCCAGUCAAAAAGCCCGGAACCAAUGACUAUAGGCCGGUCCAGGACCUCCGGGAAGUCAAUAAGCGGGUUGAGGACAUACACCCCACGGUCCCCAAUCCCUAUAACCUCCUGAGUGGACUGCCACCUGACUAUGUUUGGUACUCAGUCCUGGAUUUAAAGGAUGCCUUCUUCUGCCUGCGGUUACACAAAGACAGUCAGCAACUGUUUGCCUUUGAAUGGCAGGAUGCAGACCUGGGAAUCUCGGGACAACUUACAUGGACUAGGUUGCCCCAAGGGUUCAAAAAUAGCCCCACCCUCUUUGAUGAGGCCUUGCAUCAGGAUUUGGCCGGAUUUAGAGUCCACCACCCUGAGGUCAUCCUCUUACAAUAUGUGGAUGACAUCCUGAUAGCCACUAAAACAGAGGAGGAAUGCCUUAGGGGGACAGAAGCUCUCUUAAAGACUUUAGGAGACUUGGGGUACAGGGCCUCUGCCAAGAAGGCCCAAAUCUGCCGGACCCAGGUCACCUACUUGGGGUACAAAAUCCAGGAUGGAAAACGUUGGCUAACAGAAGCCCGCAAACAGGCCAUACUUGAUAUCCCUCCUCCCAAGACCCGAAAACUGCGGGAAUUCUUGGGAACAGCAGGUUUCUGUAGACUGUGGAUCCCCGGGUUUGCGGAAAUGGCAGCACCCCUGUACCCCCUCACCAAGACGGGGGCUGCUUUUGAUUGGGGGGAGAGCCAGGAAAAAGCCUUCAUGGACAUCAAGAAGGCUCUGCUCUGCUCCCCAGCUCUGGGGUUACCUGACCUGACUAAACCCUUUGACUUAUUCGUGGCUGAGCAAGAGGGUUAUGCGAAGGGGGUCCUAACUCAAAAACUUGGGCCCUGGAGACGACCGGUUGCCUACCUAUCUAAGAGAUUAGACCCCGUAGCGUCUGGAUGGCCCCCAUGUCUCUGCAUGAUCGCCGCCACCACAGUUCUCAUAAAGGACUCUCACAAAUUGACUUUGGGGCAGCCUUUGACUAUCUAUGCCCCCCAUGCUAUGGAGGCGGUCAUCAGACAGCCACCAGGCCGCUGGCUCACCAAUGCCAGGAUGACUCAUUACCAGACUCUGUUGCUGGACAAGGACCGAAUUCACUUCGGGGCUCCGGUGACCCUGAACCCCGCCUCGCUACUUCCCCUCCCCGGGGAAGCAGAGACUCAUGACUGCUUGCAGGUCCUGGCUGAGGUCCAUGGGACGAGAGCUGACCUCACGGAUCAACCCCUUCCCAACCCUGACCUUGUCUGGUUCACGGACGGAAGCAGCUUUGUACAUCAAGGGGAGCGGAAAGUCGGUGCUGCAGUGACAACUGAGUCAGAAACAAUUUGGGCCGAGGCCCUGCCACCAGGAACAUCGGCCCAACGAGCAGAACUGAUUGCCUUAACACAGGCCCUGAGACUGGCAGAAGGUAAGAAACUCACUGUCUAUACAGACAGCCGCUAUGCUUUUGCCACCGCUCACAUCCAUGGUGAAAUUUAUAGGCGAAGGGGGCUAUUGACCUCAGAGGGCAGAGACAUUAAAAAUAAAAAGGAAAUCCUGGCCCUCUUAGAGAAUCUGCACCUGCCAACCGCCCUCAGUAUCAUACAUUGCCCAGGGCACCAGAAAGGCGACAGCUCAGUCGCCCGGGGAAACCGGAGGGCAGACCUGGCCGCCCGGGAGGCUGCCCUGGCCAUGGAAAGCAGCAGCCACCUCCUCCAGGCAGCUGUAGUCCCUGUAAUUAAUGAGGCUUCCGAGAAGACCUCCCCGUCAUGGGACUAUGAGAUAAAAGACAUCAAAGCCAUGAAAAGACUGGGGGCGACCCGAGUACAUGAUGGUCUCUGGACCUAUCAAGGAAAAACUGUCCUUCCCCGCCUAAUGACUAGAUAUCUGGUUAACAGCCUACACAAACUCACUCAUUUGAGCUCCAGGAAAAUGCGAGAACUAUUAGCCCGGGAAGAAAAUACUCGCCACCUGUUGGGAAUAGAAGAAAUAAUAAAACAAGUGACUGAGCAAUGUGACGCCUGCGCCCGCGUCAAUAUGACCCAAUAUGACCGCGUCAAUAUGGGGACUCGAGCUCGUGGGCACCGGCCUGGGGUGCAUUGGGAAAUAGAUUUCACAGAAAUUAAACCAGGAAAAUAUGGAUACAAGUACCUCCUGGUUUUUGUUGACACCUUCUCGGGAUGGACUGAAGCCUACCACACCAAGCACGAGACGGCAAAGGUGGUCACCAAGAAACUUCUUGAAGAAAUCUUCCCCCGUUACGGAAUGCCACAGGUAUUGGGGACAGACAACGGGCCUGCCUUUGUUUCUCAGGUAAGU